AUGAGGACCACACAGCUGUCUUUCACUUUCCUUUCCGCACUCUCCUUUGCCAACGCGGCAGCCUACCCUCCCGGUCUUUACAAGCGGGCUCUCCAAGCCCCUGCAAACCUGACGAAUGGCUACAUCUCUCUGGGCUGCUAUGUCGACGUGGGCCGAACAAUCGCUGAAGCCGGCACCUCGAGCAACCUGAUGACUAACGAAGUUUGCACCAAGUUCUGCUUCGACAAGGGUUUCUCGUACGCCGGUACUGAGUGGUAUGGUGAAUGUUACUGCGGUAAUGCUCUGGCCAAGGGCGGCGUUCUCGCCAACGAGGCCGACUGUGUUACACCUUGCAACGGAAACUCCACUCAGCCCUGCGGUGGCCCUAACCGCCUGACUUUGUACAAGACUUCACUCAUUAUUGGUCCUUCCGUCAAUCCCGGCGUCGGUGAUUGGUCUUCCAUUGGAUGUUACUCCGAGGGCACCACUGGCCGCGCGCUUGAGUAUGGCGUCCACAACAUCAAUGAUGGCAUGACCGUUGCCAAGUGCACGUCAGCUUGCGAGAAGGCCGGUUACAUUCUUGCCGGUCUUGAGUAUUCUGGCGAAUGCUACUGCGGCAACAAGCCAGCCAACGGCGGCCUUCCGGCUGUUGACGGCUGCAACAUGCUUUGCAGUGGUAACGCAUCCGAGUAUUGUGGUGGACCCAACCGUUUGAACGUCUACGACUUCCAGCAUCGGUACCAGCCACUUCCUGUUAGCUCUACGUCGACUCCGGCGCCGACUAGCUCUUCGGCGUCCAGCUCAAGCUGGAAGUGGUACGGAUGCCAGACCGAAGCUCAAAAUGCCCGAGCUCUCAAUGCCGCCAUGUUUGGCGACGAUGCCAUGACCAUUGAGAAGUGUGUGGCUUUCUGCGCCGGAUACACUUUCGCCGGUGUUGAGUGGUCUCGUGAAUGUUGGUGUGGAAACUCAUUCAUGCCUGGCUCCAAGGUCGCCCCUUCUAGCGAUUGUUCCAUGACUUGCACUGGCAACAAGUUCCAGUAUUGUGGAGAGGGUAACCGCCUGUCUGUCUACACCAUUGGUGACGCCAAACAGAUUGAGUCCUCUUCCUCAUCUUCCUCAGCGUCUACAUCCGUCUUGUCGGCCACACGCUCGGCUACUGGCUCUACUUCUUCGACUUCUGCCUCAGCGACACCUUCUGCCGCUGCCAACCUGCUACCUGCCGGUUGGGAAAGAAGAGGCUGCUGGGUUGACAAUGCGAACGGCCGCAUUCUGCCCUUCCAAGCCCCUGAGGACGCCAAGUUGACCAUCGCAAAAUGUGCUCAGUACUGCGAGAGCAAGGGAUACACGGUUGCUGGCGCUGAAUGGUUCACUCAGUGCUUCUGCGGCAAUGCCAUCUACGGAGGCGGUGUUGAAACCACUGAUAUUGCCUCCUGCAGCACUCCUUGCGGUGGUAACGACACUGAGACUUGCGGUGGUCCCAACCGCAUGAACAUCAUCUCCAAGGGCGUUCCUGUUACUUAUGCCCCCCCUGUACCUCAGAAGAGCGGCCUGAACGGGUCUUGGACCUAUGAAGGUUGUGUUGAGGACAACGUCGGCGGCAAGCGAACCUUCGGUCAACAGACAAUCUACGCCGGCACACUGACCGCCGGCCUUUGCCUGGACGCUUGCGCCAAAUUUGGCUACAUGGCUGCUGGUCUUGAGUACGGCGAGGAGUGCUACUGUGGCGACCCUGCCAACAUUGCAACGGCCGGCGCAAAGUUUGUCGAUGAGUCUCGAUGCAGCAUUACUUGCGCUGGCAAUGCCACCGGAAUCUGCGGUGGUCUCGCUGUCAUGACUACUUACUUCUGGACUGGCACCCCCCUCUAUUCGUGGAACUACGCAACGGGCGACGCCGCCGGAAAGUACGAAGACUUUAUCGGUGGUAAGUGCAUUCCUCUGAUGACGAUGGAAUCCAUUACCGGCAAGGUUACCUUCCUUGAGAAGUGGGGAACUGGGCCGCCGAACUCAACUGGUGCCUACGAGCUUGACGUCUCCCUUGCCCCGGAUCUGAACAAGGCCUGGCGAGAGAUGCACGUCAAGACCGACGUCUUCUGCUCUGCUGGUUUGACACUCCCUGACAAGGCUGGUCGCCAAAUGAACAUUGGAGGCUGGUCUGGUGAUUCUACCUAUGGUGUACGUCUCUACACUCCAUCUGGUUCUAAGGGUGUUAAUGGUACCACCGAUUGGGAGGAAGACCCCCAAACCUUGCGCCUUCAGGAUGGCCGCUGGUACCCCUCCGCAAUGAUCAUGGCCAACGGCUCUAUCUUUGUUAUUGGAGGCGAGGAAGGCUCCAAUGGUGCCGCUGUUCCUACCAUUGAGGUCCUGCCUUACACCGGCACUGCUCCCCUCUUCCAGCAAUGGCUUCUGGACACUGACCCGAACAACCUGUAUCCCUUCAUUGCCGUCUUGCCUAGCGAGGACAUUUUCGUGGCAUACUGGAACGAAGCUAGAAUUCUGGAUAAGGUCACUUUCGAGACCAAGACCCUCUUGCCCAAGAUCCCCGGCUCUGUCACCAACCCCGAGGGAGGACGUACCUAUCCUCUUGAAGGCACCGGUGUUCUUCUGCCUCAGAGGGCACCAUACGAUGAGCCUCUCGGUGUCCUCAUCUGUGGUGGCUCUGGUGAAGGCGCGGGUAUUGCUCUUGACAACUGUGUCACCAUUGAGCCUGAAGGUGCCAAACCAACAUGGACUAUUGAGCGUAUGCCCUCUCGCCGCGUCAUGUCUUGCAUCGCUCCUCUGCCUGAUGGAACCUACCUCAUCAACAACGGUGCCCAGCAGGGUGUUGCUGGCUUCGGUCUUGCCAACACGCCCAACCACAAUGCUCUCUUGUACGACCCCACAAAGCCCCUCGGCUCGCGUAUCAGCGUUCUGGCCAACACGACCAUCUCACGCCUUUACCACUCCGAGUCCAUUACUCUCCUGGACGGUCGUGUGCUUGUCACUGGUUCUGACCCCGAGGAUGGUGUCAACCCUCAGGAGUACCGUACCGAGGUCUUCUACCCUCCCUACCUCAUGGGCAACAAGUUCCGCCCGACGUUCACCAUCACAAACAAGGACUGGGCGUACGGAGGCUCUUACACUUUCAACCUCGGCACCCAGCCCAAGGGCGCCAUCACGGCUUCCCUGCUCGGCGCGGUAUCCUCAACUCACGGAAACUCUAUGGGUGCCCGAACCAUCUUCCCUGCCGUUAGCUGCAAUGCCUUGUCAUGCACUGUUCAGGCGCCACCCCGCGCCGGCGUUGCUCCUCCGGGCUGGUAUCAAUUCUUCGUCCUUGAAGACGGCAUUCCCGCUGUCGGCGUCUACGUCCGCGUCGGUGGUGAUCCUGCCGGCCUGGGCGACUGGCCGAAGGUCAAGGGCUUCACGACCCCUGGUGUCUAA